CCAAACGGCGAUCCGGCAUUUCCAAACACGGAUUGUGAGCUGGACGAUCCACCCUACGAAUACGGGUUUUUUAGAUACUGCAGCACAGUAUAAUCGUUCACCAUUUCAUUGAUAUGCACAAUUUGUUAUGGCCAAAACAAACAGGCCGUUAAAUACAGAGGCCGAAAAGAUAUUAAGGGAGAUGGAAAGAUAGAGAGAGAGAGAGACCACUGCAGCAACGACAAGGCGUGAAAGCGGAAGUGAAGGGGAAAGAGAGAGAGAGAGGUGGCCACAACAGUGGUUAGAGAGAGAGAGGUGUGGCAUAACAGGGGGGAGGAGAGAGAGUCUUAUGUAGAGCUAGACACAGGUCUCAUCUCUUUCUUGGAAACGCCCACUUACUUAUCUCUCAUGAAUCAUCUGUUUCCUCUCUCAACGAACUGCUCCUUAUACCCUCUCAUACAUCUUAAACCUCCGUGGACUUCAACUAAUUUUCUCUGCAAAUUCCAACCAAAGUCUCUGCUCAUUCUCCUCAAUAAAGGGGGAUUGUCUUCCUUUUUGAUUGAUCAAGAAACUGGGAUAUUUGUUCCUGGAUAUGAAGCCUACUAUCUUCUCUGCAAAUUCUAGCCCGGAAACUUUUUUGGGUAAGUAUAAAAAUACUUCUCUUACUCCUGAAAGAUCGAUAACUUAAUUGGGUGUAGAGUAAAAGUGGGUUUUCUUCCUCUUAGAAUGGCGAGGAGGCUCCCUCUGUGCCGUCCUCUCGCUUUUGUAACACUCCCCAUCUCCAUGAAAUUCAUUGGUUUUUCUCCUUUCAUUGAUCCACUGAGUUUCUCUGACUUUAAACAGUUGGAGCUUUCAUGGAUUUGAUGUAAAAAUUGGUUUUUUCUAUAGCUAUGGCAAUGAUACUCUCUCUAUUUCUCCCUCUCCAUAUAAUUAGACUCCCCAACUCCAUGAAACUCAUGGGUUUUUCACCUUCCAUUGAUGCAAUGAAAAUUCUCACCUCAAUACAAUGAGAGUUUUAAUGGGUAUGAAGUAAACAGUUGGGUUCUUUCAGUAACUAUGGCGAGGAGACUCUCUCUCAAACUUUCUCGAACUGUUAUAAGACACCCAACACCCAUGAAAUUCAUGGGUUUUUCAACUUCUAUUGCUGCGCUGGAUUCGUUUGUAGCUCCUCAAGAUUUGUCCAAAGAGCAUUUGCAGUAUUGUUUAGGUUUAGCAGAGAAGCUUUUGAGCAGGGGCAUGGUUCAAGAAUCUCGAGGGGUUCUCGAUCGAAUUAUCAGAGGUUCCAAGUCUAAGCUCUCAAAUGCCAUCUGUUGUUUUGAUUUCUCCAUCUCUCAUGGCCUAAUUCUCAAUCUAAAGAGUCUCACUUCUCUUUUGAGAAGUUUGGUUGUAUCAGGCCAUGCUUCAAAAGCUGAAGAGUUUUACAAUUACCUUCUUUCUAGAGAGAUUGUCCCGGACCCUGACAUGGUCAAUUGUAUGAUAAUUUGUUACAGUAGAUUGGGGAAAUUGCAGAAGGCCAUUGACCAUCUCGAGGCUCUGGUUCAGGUUGGUUCUCUGCCUUCUUCACCUGCCAUUAACGCGUCGAUUCAAGAGCUCUGCAUAAAAGAGCGAGUACCUGAGGCUCUUAGUUUGUUCUAUAGAGCGAUAUCCUUCAAGGUUCUUCCUAGUUCAUCUUCCUGUAGGUUAGUUCUGUUUAGUCUCUGUUCUCGGGGGAAUUUUGACAAGGCUCUCCAAGUGUUUGAAACAAUGGUGGGUUCCGGUAUGAAGCCUAGCAUUCAAUUCUACAAGUCUUUGAUGCAUUUUUGCUUUAAGAACAAGAGGGUUGAGGAGGCAGAAUAUCUGUGUCGAUUAAUGGAGUUACAAGGUCUUUCUCCAAAGCUUGAGACUUAUACUUCCCUUCUCUAUUGGUAUUGUAAAGAUGGAAAGAUGGACAUGGCUCUGAAACUAUUUUGCAGGAUGGGUAAAAUGGGGUUUCAAUUGGAUACCUACACUUAUAACACACUUAUCUAUGGUUUUGUGAAACUGGGUCAUCUUGAUUUGGCUUGGGAGUAUUUCAAUGAGAUGCAUGCGAGAGGCUUGGAGCCUGAUGUGGUCACUUAUAGUGUUAUAAUCAAUCGAUACUGCAAAGAUAACAGGCUAGACUCUGCUUUGAAGCUUCUUGAUGUCAUGUCCAGCCAUGGUUGUGCGCCCAAUGUUCACUGUUACACAGUCUUGAUUCAAGUUCUUUGCAAGGAGAAUAGGUUCUCAGAGGCUGAUUUUUUGUUCAAUAAGAUGCUAGAUAGUGGCCUAGCACCUGACCACAUUAUGUUCUUGUCUCUUAUAAACAACUAUCCAAAAGAUCGGGAGCCCCUUCUUGCUUUGAAGCUCUUAAAGGCGAUGGCAAGGCAUAAUUGCAGUCUUGAUGACUGGGUGUUUUCAGAUUCGAGUCCGCAAGGAAUUGAGCUUUUGUUGGACGAGAUAUUGAGAAGCAACAUUGUUCCAAGUAGUGUGGCUUUUAAUGUACUGAUUAAUGCUUUUUGUGCAGAAGGGAAAUCUGACAGCGCUUUUUAUUUCAUAAAUAAGAUGGGUUACCUUGAAUUGGAACCCACUGUCUCCACGUAUAAUUCCUUGGUUAAAUGCCUCUUCAAGGAGGAUCGAAUUGCAGAUGCUGAAGCCCUAGUGAGCUCAAUGAGGGAGAGAGGUUUGGUUCCCAAUCGGGCGACUUAUUUGAUAAUGAUAAGUGGGCACUGCAAGGAAAGAAACCUAGUAUUGGCUCUUCGGGCCUUUGAGGAGAUGCUUGAAAGCGGGUUGGAGCCCACUGUUGCCAUCUAUGACUCUAUUAUUGGUUGCCUGGGCAAAGAAAAUCGGACGGAGGAAGCCGAAUCUAUGUUCGAUUGGUUGUUUGAAGGUGGGACUGCACCUGAUGUGAAAGUAUACACCACUUUAAUCAAUGGGUUUUCCAAAGUGGGAAGAGCUUUGGAUGCUUGCAAUUUGUUUGAAGAGAUGAUAGACUUGGGUUUAAAGCCGAGUUCCCAUGCGUAUUGUGCACUAAUAAAUGGUUUGAUUAAGAGAAACAUGGUUCAGCGUGGGUCUUCUUAUCUUGAAAGGAUGUUGGAAGAUGGUUUCAAACCUGAUAGGGUUCUGUACACCUCUUUCAUUAACCAGUUCUGUCGAAGAGGCGAGAUUGGUGUGGCUUUAAGCUUUGUUGAUCAGAUGAUUAAAAACCGGAUUGAGCCUGAUUUGAUCACUUAUGGAUCUCUGAUAAGCGGGGUUUGCCGAAAUAUCUCACGUAAGGUGCGGCAGCACCCCAUACCAAUUUCCCGUUCCAAAAGAAAUGAAGAUGCGAGAAAAAUGCUCUUUAAUCUGCUCCCUCAAAAGACUAUGGAGCCCUCAAGACUUGAGCAACGGUUUUUGUGCAAUUCUUCUGAGGAAAAGAUUGAGCUGGCUCUAAAUUUGAUGCGAGAUAUGAUAGAUGAUGGGCUCAUGCCUGAUUUGCAUAUUUACAAUGGGAUGAUUAAUGGGUUUUGCAGGGCUGACAUGAUGGGAGAUGCUUACGACCUUCUUGAUUUGAUGCUUCAAAAUGGGGUGCACCCUAAUCAAGUGACGUAUACCAUACUUAUCAAUGGCCACAGCAUGCAUGGUGAAAUUGAUCUUGCCAUUAAGUUAUUCAAUCAAAUGGCUAUGGAUGGGUAUCCCCCUGAUAAGGUUACAUAUAAUGCACUUCUUAAAGGCCUUUGCUUGGCGGGAAGAAUAGUGGAUGCUUUAUCGCUCACACUCACAAUGUAUAAGAAGGGUUUUGUUCCCAGUAAGAUUUCCUAUGAUCGACUACUUGAACACCUCUCUGUUAAUGGUGCAAUUGAUCUGGCUUUCAAUCUGUUUCAAGAAAUGCUUAUGCAUGGUUGUGCCCCAUGUCGGUAUAACUUCAACAGAUUGAUCUGCCUUUUCUGUGAAGAAAAUAGAUUAAGGGAAGCCCAUUUUGUUUUUGACGCUAUGCUUAAAAGGGGAAAACUCCCAGAGGAAUCGACUAAGACCCAGUUGAUAGAAGCAUGCUACAUGCAAAGAGAGUUUGAGAUGGCUAUUAUGAUUGAGGAAAAUAUGCUUGUUUACGAGGCCUAAUUUUACAUUUGUUGGCAGUGCUGAUCUAACUUGCUGGACCUCAAUCUGUGACAAUGUCCAUAUUCUCCUCAAGGGCUUGCGGUUAGAAACAGAUGCUUGUGUUUGGAAGAAGCCCAAAGAUGAUUGUUUGAUGACGAAAAUUCCUCAAGCAGGCAGGCUCUAUUGGUGGGCCAAUUGGUAACAGAGGCUCGAGAGAGCCGAAGCCACUGCUUGACUUCAGGGACUGAGAACGUUUACCCUAGCUUGGCCGACCUCACAACUUAGCCAACACCGUUGCAUGGGUGCUGGCUAGGGAAGGCUCUCCAUGGAGGCUGGACAGUAUCUUAUCUGAAACUUUAGAGAGAGCGUCAAGAAUAACAGUCUCAUUCAAAUAUAUGAGUUACAGCAUAUUUCAAUGGUUCUCAUAGGAUGGCUGCAAAUGACGAUCACCACAUGGCUCGUUUAGAAGUUCUUUGUAUCAUCAGUGACAUACUGCAGCUUCACUGGCUUAUGGAGUUGUGAAGAAAAAGAAGAAUGGAAACCAUUCAGGGUUGGAAUAGUUGAUUAUUUAGGUAGUCAACUAUAGCACAUGUGGGGGCCUAUUUUCAUCGAACUACAUUCAUAGGUUAGAAUCUGAAGGAAUGCAAAGAAAAUAUCCCUUCCAAAAAUACAACGGUAUAUGGCAUAUGCAAAUGGGAUUGUAUACAACCAUAGCAUUACCUCUUGGACACAAUGGUCACAAACACCCCAAGCCGUCAAAUGCAAAACCGAUGUGUGGUGUUUUCCAUCUCUUCAAACAAAGUUUGAGAGACAAGUUGUUGGUUGUCGACUGCAGUCAAUAAUAUACCUUCAGCUGCCUGAUUUCAUGUUUGAGAGCUGUGGGUGUUUCUGACCUUUUUGGACCAAAAGUAAACUGUAUUAUUGUGUGCUUUCCCCAUGCAAAUAGUUUUACACUUGGGAAAUAAUGUUGAAAGGAUGGUUUGGGAAGGUUAAGUGCAUCCUCUCUUUAUCUCCUUUAGCGGUGGAUAUCCAAUUCAUUAAAAGGGCACUUAAAGAAGGCGAGCCCCACACUUGUGAAGUAAAUAGCAUGUCUAUGCCAUAAGCAUGAGAAAGAUCUACAAAUGUUUGAAGAAAAUAGUGCACCAGAAAGGUGAGAAGUUGUAUACUAAUUUAAACUGUAAUUUUAUGCUGAGAAAAAUUCCCUCAUCUUUUA